AUGACGGCCGACUACACGGGAAAGGAAGUCGGUCGAUCUACCAUCGACUGGAAGAUUGCCACUGAAACAAUCAAAACUGGUAGGGCUCAGGACCUGGUUUGGAAUGAUGGUCAUGACAGUGCAGGCUCUGGGACCUUCAUCACUCGGCACAUGUGGAAGACGGGAGAGUGGUAAUUGUGUUGUCAAGGCUGCCCUUGCACAAAGGAAAGCUUUGUGUCAUGGAUACUGUACCAGAUAUAAAAGCUACCAUGCAGUGAAGAACGUGACCGAACGCAGAUUAGCGUCUACUGCUACGCACGUGGUUGUAAAAUGUGCUUCGUCGGUGAGCUCUGCAGUACCGGACACAGCGCAGAGCAGAGAAGAAUUGGCUUUAAUUGAAGCCUUGUUGGGGAUUCAAGGCCGUGGUCGCGUUGCUGCCCCUCAACAGCUGGAAGCAGUUCAGCGAGCGAUUGAUGCUUUGGAAGAAGCGGGGGGUGUACAAGAUCCAACAUUGUCACCACUUAUUGAAGGGCGCUGGCAGCUGAUGUUCACCACAAGGCCCGGAACCGCAUCACCUAUUCAGCGAACGUUUGUUGGGGUGGAUGCAUUCACCGUCUUCCAGGAGAUCGAGUUGACUGGCACCACCGAUCCUCGAGUGAGCAAUAUAGUCCGGGCCUCGGAGUCGAUUGGAGAAUUGAAAGUUGAGGCAGCUGCAACCAGGGAAAGUAACAAGCGAAUUCUUUUUCGUUUCGACAAAGCUGCUUUCGAUUUCAAGUUUCUGCCUUUUAAGGUGCCCUACCCCGUACCUUUCAAGCUUCUUGGAGAUGAGGCCAAAGGAUGGCUAGAUACUACUUACCUAUCACCAUCAGGGACGAUAAGGAUCUCAAGAGGCAAUAAAGGUUCCACAUUCAUUCUGCAGAAAAACCUGGAUCCUCGUCAGCAACUUCUUCAGGCCGUUGCAACAGGGACGAAUGUUGAAAAGGCAAUAGAAGUACUCGUGUCUCUUAAUCCAACAAAAGACUGCACAGACAUAGGUGGUUUGAAAGGACAGUGGCGGUUAUUGUGGAAUUCUCAGGCAGAAAAUGCCAACUGGAUACAGAAAUCUUCUGUGAAACUCAAAAACUGGCAGAUAUAUUACGACAAUACAAGACUAGAAAACCUGGUCGAAUUUCUACCUGGCCUCAAACUGCGAGCAGGAGCUAGUACCCUGGCCGCUUCAGAGGAAAGACAAGAUGUGAAGAUCGAAGGUGCAUCUUUGGAGUUGGGAUCUCUGCGUAUACCUGUCAAUAUCACCGGAGAAGGCUACGUAGACAUACUUUAUUUGGACCAGAAGCUCAAAAUCAGCCGAGGCAACAAGGGAAGUAUGUUUCUACAUGUUCGAGAAGAGUAGGCAGAGUGUAGUGUUUCUACAUGUCCGAGAAGAAUAGGCAGAGUGUAGCCCGUAGUUGUAUCAACACUUAUUUUUGCUACACGUACAUAUGAAUUGCAACACAACUGGCCAAUAGAACAUGUCGUCCACGCCCGAAUAGCUGCCAUGGUUGUGCAUAUGAAUGAGGGAAGCCUGGUAAACUUGUAAUCAUACUUUAUGGUCCUUGUAGCUGCAAACCCGCACCUUAUUGUGCUGUAUAACCUCUUCAUGAAUAGAAGUUGCUGGUUUAACCUUUUUAAA